AUCCACAAAAAAUACUAAAAAAAUUAGUUUUAUAGGAUUUAAUAAGGUGUUAACAAUAUAAAGGAUCCUUUUAUUUUUUUAAGUGCUUCUUGUAGUGGCAUAAAUAUAUAAAUAAAUCAUUAGUUUACUACAUUUGUUUUGAUAUUUGGAUUUAAUAUUUCAUAAAAAAAAAGAAAAAAAAUUGAUAAGGAGUCGAAAUCGGAUUACUGAACUUGUGUGAAAAUGUCUUCCUCUACAAUUUUGAGGAAGCACCUUAGUAUUGGAUUUCAUCUAUUUACGCUGGUGCUUCUUGCUAUAGUGUUAAAUAACUUAGUACCUGACGUUAGUGCUGUGGGCCUUGGUUCACAUGUCGGUGGAGUAUCCAAGUCUCCUUCUGCAGACCUCCCUGUGGAUUCCAUAGUGAAUGUUUCUAAUGAAGUUCUUUUCGACCGCCACACAGUGCUUGACAAAAGUUAUUGGAUGACCUUAGGAGAUCAAAUGAAGUUAUUAGAUAAAUGGUUUGGGAAACCGAUAGCUUCAUCUACAAUUAGUGUGGAGAAAACCUUGUCCGAGUCGUCAACGCCAGACUUUGGGGGCGUUCACGUCCUUCCUUUCAUGGAUAUCAUUUAUUUAAGUCCCAAAAGAACCACCGCUACGGUGGGCUCAUCACCGAAAUUUGCGAUGUGGAAAAAAGACAACGUAGCAAGCGACGAGACACCACAGACACACAUUGUGGUGGACUCGAAGGAUGAGCCGCGGCAAAUGCAAACACAGACUACCGCAACUUUUCCCCUGGGUACUAUGGAUGAUUUUGAAGCGAUUAAUCAGGACAUUUUAGAGAAUUCUGUCAUUGCACCGUUUCGACUCCAUCCCCUAACACAUCCGAAAACCAAUAGCCUACACUGUCCACAAAAGGAUGUUCUCAAGGUCUCAACCCAUCACGAAGCCCAGCUCCAUAACCUGCAAUAUGAGCCCAAUAAUAUUUUUGGCAAUUCUAUACUCCACGAAACAAUUAUCGAUAAGAAUGAGUACGAUGAUAAGAUUACCAUCACCAUGCACGGUGGCGGUACGAAAAUUAUCUCUUUUAAAGGACACAAAGACCACGUCGUCAAUAUUGUUCUUCAGCUCCGUGGGCAUCUCUACGAAUCCGGCGGUUCGGGUCACGGCUGUGAAAAUAUGCGGAUAUCGGCCGAACUGCGCCCCGGCAGCGCUUCGAGGUAUUCUAAAGAUCGAGGGACUUCUUCGGAGCUCUCACCGAUGGCCGCGGCGGGGUUUGAUCACCAUGGCGUGGAGGGAGUUGACGGGGGACUGACCGGGCAAACCCGCGGGAAAGCGGGCGCCCGAUCUCAACCCCCGACGAUCCCAACCCCGGCCCAUCCGCUUGCCUACACGGACGACUUUGGGAACGAUUACCGAAGCCGCCAAACGAACUUAUGGAGCUCCCUCGCGCAGUUAUUCGACACCUCUUUAUUGUGUGAGGUUUUACCUAGUCUUUCCCUACGCGUCCCCAAGGUGGAGGAGGACCUGAACUUUAAUUUUAUCAUCCAAAGCAACCUGCAAUCCCUUAUUAGGUACCAGAUUAUUGGCGAAAGGCUGUUCAACCCGAACUAUGAGUGCUCGAUGGAUGUUUAUCUAUCCCAGAUCCCUGCCCAAGAGCUAUGGUCUAACCAGAUGAUUUUUGCGGUGGUGCUUCCUUUAUUGGUGGUAUUUCUCCCACUUCCCUUUCUUCUUCGGCGGGCGGACAUCAUCCAGGUGGCGUCGCUUGGGAUUGAUGUGAUGGAGUGCCUUUGGAGCCCGCCCUAUCUCCUUCGGCGGGGGGUGAUCGCCGGGGUGGUGGGGCUUCGGGGGCUGUUGAAGGCGGUCUGGCAUCAACACCGCCGGAAGGGCCUUCAAAAGCGGCUGGAGAUGCGGCAGCGGGCCCUCGCCGCGCAGAUGCAGGCGACGAUGGCGGAGGCCCAGGGGGAUUCCCCCCACGGCGAUUCCCUGCCGUUUAAAGGCGCUGAGGACCCGCCGAUCCCGCCGGCCCAGGCCGACGAUGCGGAAAAGCCGGAGAAAAGCGGGGCGGGGGUGGGCGAUCGCCCCGCCACCACGGCGAUCGUUAUCCACGCCCCCUCCCCCUCCUCUUCCGCGGAGGCCCCGGCCUCGCGGCUUCAUCGGGAGUACGGCAAAGCGGACGAUCCCGGCUUGCCCGGGGUUCCGCCCCCGCACGGGUUGGCGGGCGGGCCCUUCGCCCGGCUCCCCGGCUCGCAUAGCCCCACCCGUUCGGAUAUUCUUUUCCCCCCCGACCCGUCUUGUGGGGGGGAGGGGAGCGAUAUCGGCGAGGAUGAGCGGUUUUGCCGGAUUUGCCGCGAUGGGGACGAAGACCAGGCGUUGGUGGCGCCGUGCAAUUGCACCGGCUCCGUGCGUUGGGUGCACCCGUCUUGUCUGGAUCACUGGCGCGUCGAGAGCAUCAAACGCAACCUGCAGAACGUCAACACCUGCGAGAUCUGCAAGUGCCCGUUCAAAAUCAAAAUUCGGCGCUCCAUUCUGAUCUGGCAAAGUUGUAAAAGCAUCGUCUACGGCGUUAUUUUGGUGCUGUCCUGUUUGGUGUGUAUUUUGUUGGCCCCGCUGAUCGCAUACGGCGUCUUUGGCGAGAUCUCCUGCGUCGCCAAGUACCAUCACGUCCCCUACGCGACGAUCUACAAGCUCGAUGGCAUCAUGCUUUCGUUUUUUCUCUAUAUUGAGAUUAUUCUGGCGGUCAUCCUCGCACGACUGAUUGUUUAUAGUUGGUUCCGCAGCAGUCCGGCGGUGGAGACCUAUAUCGCCGAGGUGCACGUCAUCCCACGAUUUAUGACCUGGCGUAAUAUCCUGAAAAUAGCCUUGGUGACCUGCGUGUUAAUCGCCCAGGCGAUUUCCGUCGGGUACCUGAUCAAAUAUCUAAUGUACGCCACGAGCGAUAUCGUGUGGAAUUGGGAGGCCUCUCCGCUAAUUGGGGGUAUUUUAUACAUUUUCUUCAUCUUUAUAGCAUUAGGCGUGAGUGUUUUACUGCGGGAGCGGUGGAUGCAGUCUCGGAUCCCUCGCGAACGGCCGCCGGCGGCGGGCGUCGGGAGGGGGGAGGGGAGCCCCAACAACGGGAGUUGGGGGGGGCCCGGGGCCGAAGGCACGGGGCCGGUGGUGGUCCGGGUGAAUUUCGCCCUGCCGCCGGCCCGGCAGGAAGAGGGGGCCCCGGGAUUGGGGCCGGGGAGGCCGGCUUGA